CGUUCAUCACUUCUCAUCUUCACUCACUACAACAACAGCCAUGCCAGUUUACAAGUACGACGUUACCAUGACCUGCUCUGGAUGCAGUGGUGCUGUCACCCGCGUCUUGAACAAGCUGAAGGACGCAGGUUCUGUUGAGCAGUUCGAUGUCUCGCUCGAGACCCAGAAGGUCACUGUCGAGUCCGAAAAGCUUAGCGAGGCUGAUAUCCUCCAGACCAUCCAGAAGACUGGCAAGGCCGCCAAGGUUGCCUCGGACUAAGUGUCCACGCUUGCUUGCGUGCUCUUUGAGUAGCUGCCCUUUGUCCUUGUCUCUUCAUCUACGCCCUUUGCACUCCCCUGAAUAAAAGAAAAUUGUCAAAAGAUGUACAUGUACCUUGUCGGCCUGUCAGAAUCCGAACGUGACAAAAGCACAUGAAACAGUCUUGGG